AUGUCCAAUCCUGUGGUCUUGGGCCCUAGUGGGCACGAUUUUUACUUAAAAUCGUUACCAGGUCUGAGAUUAGAACCACCACCACCACCACCUCCAUUAGGACCACCGCCGCCUCCCCCGUUAGGCCCACCGCCACCUCCUCCAUUAGGACCACCACCACCUCCGUUGGGACCUCCGCCGCCUCCUCCAUUAGGGCCACCACCUCCCCCUCCAUUAGGACCACCACCACCUCCUCCAUUAGGGCCACCGCCGCCUCCGCCAUUAGGACCUCCGCCACCUCCCCCAGUGGGGCCACCUCCACCACCGGAAAGCUGA